UGUCUGGGCAGAUCUCGCAAGCCUUAUUGGGUUCGAAGCUCGACGUGCUCACCCUGGAUGGGAUGGUAGAGCUCACGGUGCCAGCUGGGAUUCAGCACGACACCAUGCUGGUCAUGCGGGGCAGGGGUGUGCGGGAACUUCAGGGGUCCCGACGGGGCAAUCAGAUCGUCCACGUCAAGAUCGAGAUUCCCAAGACGCUGAGCAGCAAGCAGAAGGAGCUGAUGCAAGCCUUCCAGGAGGAGGAAGAGAAGAAGAAGGCAGGAGGUCGGGGAGGGGGAGGCUGCUCCUCUUCGUCCUCCUUUUUCACGGGCGGGUUCCAGGGGAGGGUGAAGGAGGCGUAUGCGCGCAUCAAGGAGUAUUUGGGGAAGGAGAAGGAGAAGGAGAAGGAGAAGAAGUCCAAGGAAAAGAAAAAAAGCAGCGCAAGCGCAUGAAUGAUGAUGGAAGGGCCAGAGGGAUUCCAGAAGAUAAGGGCAAUUUCGUAAAGCAAUCCAAUUUUGACGGUCGGUCAA